AUUUAAGAACAUUUUGAAGGUAUAAAGACCCCUUGGAAUUCAAACUUUAACUUUUGAUUCCAUACUGUCUCACUCUCAUCAUCAUGUCUCUUUCACGCUUCAUCACUCCUCUCUCUUCCACUUCAGAUUCUUCUAUGAUUCCAUCAACUGUAAAGAAAAAUAAGAACACUACUACAGCUUUGUGUUUUGAAGACACUAAAGAAAGAAUCAAGAACAUGUUCAACAAGGUUGAACUUUCAAUUUCUUCAUAUGAUACAGCUUUUGUAGCAAUGAUUCCUUCUUCAGCGUCUCCGCAUGCCCCCUUUUUUCCCCAGUGCUUGAAUUGGUUACUGGAUAAUCAACUCUUGGAUGGCUCCUGGGGUCUUCCCGAUCGCCAUCCAUUGUUGAUCAAUGAUGCUCUCUUGUCUACUUUAGCAUGUAUUCUUGCAUUGAAGCAAUGGGGUAUUGGUGAAGAUAAGAUGAAUAAGGGACUUCAAUUUAUAGAGUCAAACUUUACUUCAAUCAAUGAUGACAAGGAACACUGUCCCAUAGGAUUUGAUAUACUUUUUCCUUCUUUGAUUGAAUAUGCACAAACUUUGGGCAUUAAUCUUCCAAUUGGAGCUACAAGCUUGGAAGCAAUUAUCCAGAAGAAAGACAAAGAGCUCCAAAGAGGCUUUCAAAGCAAUUCAGAAGGGUGGAAAGCAUAUCUAGCAUAUGUAUCAGAAGGAAUGCUGAACUCAUUGGACUUGAAUACAAUCACGAAGUAUCAAAGAAAGAAUGGAUCUUUAUUUAAUUCACCUGCUACAACAGCAGCUGUUUUUCGGCAAUUAAAGAAUGCUGACUGUCUUAGUUACCUUCAAUCAGUAUUAGGAAAGUUUGGUAAUGCAGUUCCAAUGGUGUAUCCUCUAGAUAUAUAUGCCCGUCUCCAUAUGAUUGAUAGUCUUGACAGAUUGGGUAUUAAUCAUCAUUUCAAAGAUGAAAUUCAAAGUGUAUUGGAUGAAACAUACAGAUAUUGGCUGCAAGGAGCAGAAGAUAUAUUUUUAGACCCUACAACCUGUGCAAUGGCAUUUCGAAUCUUGCGUCUCAAUGGUUAUGAUGUAUCUUCAGAUCCAUUUUAUCAAUAUUCAGAAGAUAAAUUUGCCAAUUCCUUGAAAGGGUACUUGAAGGAUGUUAGUGCUGUUUUAGAGCUAUAUAGGGCUUCACAAGUCAUUAUACAUCCCGAUGAAUCAGUUUUGGUUAAACAAAGUUCUUGGACAAGAAAUCUUCUGAAGCACAAUUCUUCCCCUUACCAAUUAUAUGCUGAUAAACUUCGUAUUUAUGUUGAUAAUGAGGUCAAUGAUGUUCUUAACUUUCCACAUCAUGCGAAUUUGGAGCGUUUGUUAAACAGGAGAUCAGUGGAGCAUUACAACGCAGACGAAACAAGGAUUUUAAAAGCAUCAUACAGAUCUUUCAAUCUUGCAAACCAAGACAUUCUGAAGCUAGCAGUAGAAGACUUCAAUCUAUGCCAAUCAAUACACAAUAAAGAAUUGAAACAACUUGGAAGGUGGAUUGUUGAAAGCAGACUAGAUAAACUAGAAUUUGCAAGACAGAAAUUGGCAUAUUGUUACUUCUCCAGUGCAGCUACUCUUUUUGCCCCCGAACUUUCUGAUGCUCGCAUAUCUUGGGCGAAGAACGGGGUGCUCACAACAGUUGUAGAUGAUUUCUUUGAUGUCGGGAGUUCUCAAGAAGAGCAAGAGAACCUUAUUCAACUAGUUGAGAAGUGGGAUGUAGAUGUCAAUACUGUAUGUUGUUCUGAAGCGGUUAAGAUAAUAUUUUCUGCAUUGCAUAGCACAAUUUGUGAGAUUGGAGAGAAAUCUGUCGAGCGGCAAGGACGCAAUGUGAAAGACAAUGUUAUCAAGAUUUGGUUAGAUUUGAUGCGGUCUAUGUUUACAGAAGCUGAGUGGUUGAGAACCAAGGCCACCCCAACAAUUGAUGAUUAUAUGCAAAAUGCAUACAUAUCAUUUGCCUUAGGACCAAUUGUUCUUCCAGCACUCUAUCUUGUUGGACCUAAGCUUUCAGACGAUGUUGCGGAAAAUCAGGAAUUGAAUUAUCUCUUCAAGACCAUGGGCACUUGCGGACGUCUUCUCAAUGAUAUUCAAGGUUUUAAGAGAGAAUCGGAGGAAGGUAAACUGAAUGCAGUGAGUUUGCAUAUGCUUCAUGGUAACGGAGUUGUUACUUACGAAGACACCAUUGAUAAGUUAAAGGGUGUUAUUGAGGAAAAUAGAAGAGAACUCCUUAGAUUAGUUUUGAAGGAAAAAGGAAGCUUAGUUCCAAGAGAUUGCAAGGAUUUGUUUUGGAAAAUGUUGAAAGUAUUGAACCUAUUUUACAUUAAGGAUGAUGGAUUUACUUCAAAUGAGAUGAUGUACUCUACUGUUAAUGCAGUACUUAAAGAUCCAAUCAUUCUUAAUUAAUUGUUGGUAAAAGAUAUAAUAAGCUAGAGCUGCAAUGGCUUUUUGCAAAUAUUUAAAAUAAAAGGGAGGUCUUUUUUUUGUG